AAUCGACCAUCAACACCAGCCAACAAACCACAAAAGAAAACAUUCAAAAUGCCAAAACCCCAAGACGCCGACUCUCAAGCGGAGGACAUAACCUCCCUAACCAGCCUCUUGGAAACAAUGGCUCAAGCAGUCCCUUCCCCUUCCCCUUCCCCUUCCCCCUCCCCCCCUACAUCGUCAGCCUAACAGCCCCAGACCAAAAACCGCAAAUCCCGCCGCCGCGCGAAAAUCCACGCCUCGUACGCAGCAGCGCUAGCCGAGGUCCGUGCAGAAGCGCAGGAAGGGUUGGAGAGGGAGAGGAGGCAACGCAAAGAACGGCAGAGAAAGGUGCUACAACGGUUCCGCGAGCUGGUGAAGAUGAAGGAGGAAUUGGAGGGCGAGAUUGAGAGCGCCCUGGGGACCGUCAGGGCGGGCAUUCGUGAGGUUUUGGAAACCGUUAGUUCUUGUCAGGAGGAACAUGAGGAGGAAGGGGAAGAUGAGGAUGUUGAAUAA